GAGGCGCCGGGCCGGCCGGGCACAGCCGCGGGAGGUUCUGGAAACGCCGGGAGCGGCGCGUGUCCAGCAGCUGCAGACACCAGUGACGACUAGUUAACCAACAAUAGGCGGACCGCGCGCCCGAAACUGAGGGAGUUGCUAGCCCGGUGGGACAGCAGGACAGAAGACCCCAAAGGCCGGGCCCAGAGCAGUGCGUAAAUUUCCAUUUGAGCACUCCAGUGGGAUUUGGCUGAAGUAGAGCAGGAAGAGGAAAGACUGGCAGAGCUGGGAUACAGAUGGGUGCCGGUCUUCCAGGACAAUCUGGACUGCACAACUGAGCUGGAGAUGAUGUCUGGAGUUUCUGUUGUGUGCUGAGCUUGCCUCAGCUUGUGCCUGCUGCCCUCAGGGCUGGGUCUGCCUAUUUCUAAGCUUAUGAGAACACAGCAGCUGGCCUUUUCAUGUCAGCAGCCCAGCCUGAGCUUUUGGCCAUGUGUAGCUGAUUUAUUUUUAUAUCCUGAGUGCCUAGCUCAGUGCCUGGCAUGGGUCUUCUGUAAAUAUUUGUGAAUGAGUCGGGGACUGGCCAGUGAGGACAAUGUCUGCCAAGAAACCUCACUACAGGAAGAGCAGUGUCUGCCCAGGAGCACCACCCCUGACGGCUCACUCUCUCUAGCAGACACAGAUUGACGGGGUUCAGCGCUAUUCCUCUCUGGCUACCUUUUGUGUACCUCAAUUUGGGGUUGGGUCCCCUGGGGCGUAUCAUGUCAAAUUCUCUGUCGUCAUCUCUCCUGUACUAUUACCUCCUUGUAGGCAGAGGCUGACUCCCCAGAUCCUGGCACUGUGUUGGCACGUGUGUUGGAAGGUGGUUGCCAGGAAUUGAGAGGAUGCGCCCUGUACAUAGGGCAUAUGGCCUCCCAGAGCAGGGACCAGAAUUGAACCAUGUUCCCUGUGAUCAUGAAGCUCCAGGGGUCCAUGUUGCUGAUGGCCUGGUUUGGUGUUCUGAGUAGCGUGCAGGCUGAAUUCUUCACCUCUGUUGGACACAUGACUGACCUGAUUUAUGCAGAGAAGGACCUGGUGCAGUCUCUAAAAGAGUACAUCCUUGUGGAGGAAGCCAAGCUCUCCAAGAUUAAGAGCUGGGCCAACAAGAUGGAAGCCCUGACCAGCAAGUCGGCUGCUGACCCUGAGGGCUAUCUGGCUCACCCUGUGAAUGCCUACAAACUGGUGAAGAGGCUCAAUACAGACUGGCCUGCACUGGAAGACCUUGUCCUGCAGGACUCAGCUGCAGGUUUCAUCGCCAACCUCUCAGUGCAGCGGCAGUUCUUUCCUACUGAUGAGGACGAGAUGGGGGCUGCCAAAGCCCUGAUGAGACUGCAGGACACAUACAGGCUGGACCCAGACACAAUUUCCAGAGGGGAGCUUCCAGGAACUAAGUACCAGGCAGUGCUGAAUGCAGAUGACUGCUUUGGGAUGGGCCGCUCGGCCUACAACGAAGGGGACUAUUAUCACACGGUGCUAUGGAUGGAGCAGGUGCUCAAGCAGCUUGAUGCUGGGGAAGAGGCCACCACAACCAAGUCUCAGGUGCUGGACUACCUCAGCUACGCUGUCUUCCAGCUGGGUGACCUGCACCGUGCCCUGGAGCUCACCCGCCGCCUGCUCUCCCUCGAUCCAAGCCAUGAACGAGCUGGAGGGAAUCUGCGGUACUUUGAGCACUUGUUGGAGGAAGAAAGAGAAAAAGUGUUAUCAAAUAAGACAAAGGCUGAGCUGGCAACCCAGGAAGGCAUCUAUGAGAGGCCUGCGGACUACCUGCCUGAGAGGGAGGUGUAUGAGAGCCUCUGCCGUGGGGAGGGUGUCAAAUUGACACCCCGGAGGCAAAAGAGGCUCUUCUGUAGGUACCACCAUGGCAACAGGGCUCCACAGCUGCUCAUCGCCCCCUUCAAAGAGGAGGACGAGUGGGACAGCCCACACAUCGUCAGGUACUAUGAUGUCAUGUCAGACGAGGAAAUCGAGAGGAUCAAGGAGAUUGCAAAACCCAAACUUGCACGAGCCACUGUUCGUGAUCCCAAGACAGGUGUCCUCACUGUCGCCAGCUACAGGGUUUCCAAAAGCUCCUGGCUGGAGGAGGAUGACGACCCUGUAGUGGCCCGAGUAAAUCAUCGGAUGCAGCACAUCACUGGAUUAACAGUAAAAACUGCAGAAUUGUUGCAGGUGGCUAAUUAUGGAGUGGGAGGACAGUAUGAGCCUCACUUUGACUUCUCCAGGAACCAUGAGCGAGAUGCUUUCAAGCGUUUAGGGACGGGCAAUCGUGUGGCCACAUUCUUAAACUACAUGAGUGAUGUAGAAGCUGGUGGUGCCACUGUCUUCCCUGAUCUGGGGGCUGCAAUUUGGCCUAAGAAGGGUACAGCUGUAUUCUGGUACAACCUCCUGCGGAGUGGAGAAGGUGACUACCGAACAAGACAUGCUGCCUGCCCUGUGCUCGUGGGCUGCAAGUGGGUCUCCAAUAAGUGGUUCCACGAACGAGGACAAGAGUUCUUGAGGCCUUGUGGAUCAACAGAAGUUGACUGACGUCCCUUUCUGUGCUUCCCCUUCCUGGCCUCUCAGCCCAUGUCAUCUUCAAGUUCAGCGUGACAGACAACUUUGUACCAGUUUCUCAGGCGUGUCUUUGGAGGAAUCAGUGUUUGUCUAGAGUGGAGGGAGACCGUACUGGGACAGGUCCUAGGUGACCAGGGUCUCAGCCUCUCCAGUCAGCCUGUGCCAUCUCUGGCCCAGAGGCUAGGGUCAGAGUGGCUGCAGCAGAAUGAGGCUGUCUAGCACCUAGCUAAGUGCCUUUGUACCUCAGAUGUUUUAGGUGUGAGAUGUUUCAGUAAACCAAAGUUCUGAUACCUUGUUUACAUGUUUGUUUUUAUGGCAUCUCUGUCCAUUGUGGCUUUAACCAAAAAAUAAAAUGUCCCUGCCAGAAGCCUUAAAAA